AUGUCACAGGAGGCCUCUGAUGGAAGGGUCCUGGAUCCACCGGUACGGCAGGCAGCUGGCGAGGUCCAUCUCCCCACAGUUCCUGGAGGACAUCAUCAGCCACCUGCACAGGCUGGAGCUCCUGACGGCAGAGGAGGCUGCCCAGGUGCAGGCAGCGAGCCCCCUGCCCGAGCAGAGCCAAUGGUGCAGAAGCACCUGGAGAGCCUCCAGAGCUCCUGUGGGAAUGGCCUGGAGACAGGAGCCCUGCAGCGCCUGACCAACCUGCUGCUGGUGGAAGGCCUGACCGACAUCCAGCAGAAGGAGCACGACAUCCUGCAGGUUGAAACCACCAAAGGCCUGCCAAACGUAUCCAAGAGCAUCCCCCUGGAAAAGCUGUUCCUGCCUCUCUCCAAAGUCAGCAUCCCCCCUCGGAUCUCUGUUACCAUCGGCGUGGCUGGGAUUGGCAAGAGCACUCUGGUGAAGCUGUUUGUCUGCAGCUGGGCAAAGGGGGAGCUCAACAGGGACAUCAUGUUUGUGCUGCCCCUCACCUUCCGAGAGCUCAACACCUAUGAGAAGCUCUCUGCUGAGCGCCUCAUCUGCUCGGCCUUCCCCCACAUCCCCGAGCCCGGCUGCAUCGCGGCCGGAGCCGCUCGGACCCUGCUCAUCCUCGACGGCCUGGAUGAGUUCAAGACCCCCUUGGAUUUUUCCAAUGCAGCGGUUUGCACUGAUCCUAAAAAGGAGAUCCAAGUGGACAACCUGAUCACCAACAUUAUCAGGGGAAACCUGCUGCAGGAGGCCUCUGUGUGGGUCACGUCGCGGCCGGCGGCAGCCAGGCAGAUUCCCAGCGGGCUGGUGGACCGCAUGACGGAAAUCCGAGGGUUUGGGGCUGCAGAGAUGAAGGACUUCUUGGACCAGAUGUUCCUGGACAACAGAGAUCUGUCCAGCCAAGUUCUGCAGCACAUCAAGGCUAACAGGUCACUACAUGUCCUGUGCACCAUUCCUGGUAUUUGCUGGAUUUCUGGGUCCUCAAUUGCUUAUUUCCUGAAACACAGCAGCGAUCAAUCCCAAGAAGCAGCCGUGGUCCCCAGGACCCUGUCAGAAAUCUACUCCUACUAUUUUAAAAUGACUCUGAGCGGUGACUGGCUGGAGCAGCCAAGAGAAACCCUGAUGACUGAGCAGGCUGUGAACACCAGCAAGAAGCUGGUGGGCAGCCUGGGCAGGCUGGCCUUCUACGGGCUGCUCCGGAAGAAACACGUGUUCUACGAGCAGGACAUGAAGGCCUACGGCAUCGACCCCUCCCUGCUGCACAGCAGCCUCUCCACCCGCCUCCUGCUCAAGGAGGACAUGCAGGCCUCCACCGCCUACUACUUCUCCCACUUAACCAUCCAGGAGUUCCUGGCAGCUCUUUAUUACUACAUGGCGGCCAAGCGGGCCAUCUUCGACCUCUUCACGGAGAGCGGUGUGUCCUGGCCCAAGCUGGGCUUCCUCACCCACUUCAGGAGCGCCGUUCAGCGGGCGCUGCGGGCUGAGGACAGGCAGCUGGACAUCUUUGUCCGCUUCCUCUCGGGGCUGCUGUCCCCACGGGUGAACAGGCUGCUGUGCGGGUGGCUGCUGGUGCAGGACGAGCACAGCGGGUUCAGGAGCCAGGCCAUCGGCGUCCUGCAGGGCUGCCUGAACACCGAGCACGCCAUCUCCUCGCGCGCCGUCAACGCCAUGCGCUGCCUGCACGAGAUCCAGCACACCGACACCGCCAAGGCUGUGGAGGAGGCCAUGAGGAGCGGGAGCUUGGCUGGGAUGCUCACCCCCACCAACUGCUCUGCCCUGGCUUACCUCCUGCAGGUCUCUGAUGUCUGCCUGGAGGAGACAAACCUCUCCAACUGCCUCACCUACAACGUCUGUGAGAGCCUGCUCUCCCAGCUCCUCUUCUGCCACAACCUCAGGCUGGACAAUAACCAGUUUAAGGAUGACGUGAUGGAGCUGUUGGGCAGUGUGCUGACUGUGAAGGACUGCCAGAUCCAGAGGCUCAGCUUGGCAGAAAAUCAAAUCAGCAACAAGGGAGCCAAAGCUCUGGCCAGGUCGCUGCUGGUGAACAGGAGCCUGAUGGUGCUGGACCUGCGGAGUAACUCCAUCGGCCCCACUGGAGCAAAAGCCCUGGCUGAUGCCCUGAAAAAAAACCAAAUCCUGCUCUCCCUGAACCUCCAGCACAACUGCAUCAAGGAGGAUGGGGCCACCUUCCUGGCCGAGGCCCUGCUGACCAACCACAGGCUGGUGACCCUGCACCUGCAGAAAAACGCCAUCGGAGCCCAGGGCGCCCGGAGAAUCGCAGAGGCGCUGAAGCAGAACUGCAGCCUGAGGGAGCUGAUACUCUCGAGCAACUCGGUGGGAGACAACGGCUCCAUUGCCUUGGCUGAAGCUCUGAGGGUGAACCACAGCCUGCAAAGCCUUGAUCUCCAGAGCAACUCCAUCAGCAGCGCAGGGGUCACAGCGCUGACAGCAGCUCUCUGCUCCAACAAGGGACUCCUCAGCCUCAACCUUCGGGAGAACUCCAUCAGCAAGGAGGGCGGCCCUGCCAUCGCCCGUGCCCUGCGGAGCAACAGCACCCUCAGGAAGCUGGACUUGGCGGCCAACCUGCUGUGUGACGACGGGGGCAAGGCCAUCGCUUUGGCCAUCAAAGAGAACCGGGCACUCACGUCCCUGCACUUGCAGUGGAACUUCAUCCAGGCCAAAGCAGCCACGGCCCUGGCACAAGCACUAUGGGCCAACAGCAGCCUGGCCAGCCUCGACCUGCAGGAAAAUGCCAUUGGGGACGAGGGCAUGGCUGCCCUCUCCGCUGCACUGAAGGUCAACACCACCCUGGCAGAUCUCCACCUGCAAGUGGCUUCAGUUGGCGCGGCUGGUGCCCAAGCCCUGGCAGAAGCCUUGAUGGUCAACAAGAGCCUGCAGAUCCUGGACCUGCGGGGAAACUCCCUGGGCCUGGCAGGGGCCAAGGCCAUGGCACAAGCGCUGAGGGUCAACCGCAGCCUCCGCCGGCUCAACCUGCAGGAAAACUCCCUGGGCAUGGAGGGAGCCAUCUGCAUUGCCACGGCCCUGAAGGGCAACCACGGCCUCACCUAUGUCAACCUGCAGGGCAAUCGCAUUGGGCAGUCGGGAGCCAAGAUGAUCUCGGACACCAUCCGGACCAACGCGCCCCACUGCGUCGUGGAUGUGUGA